GUUUGUUUUGGCCCCUUCAAAUUCCCAUCCAAGUUUUCUCUCCUCUCCGUCGAGAGCUUGGCUUCCAUCCAUGGCGGCGGACGGCGGCGUGGCCCGGCAGGCGGAGCUCCGGCGGAUCGAGGGCAACGCGUGCUUCUACAAGGCCCGCUUCGGCGCCGCCAUCGACUGCUACACCGAGGCGAUUGCGCUUUGCCCCGACGUCGCCGUGUACUGGAUGAACCGCGGUCUCUGCCAUUUCAGGCGCAAGGAUUGGGCGAAGGUCGAAGAGGAUAGCAGGAAGGCUCUCGCGCUCGAUGACACUUUGGUCAAGGGCCAUUAUAUGCUAGGAUGCGCGCUGCUCAGGAAGGAAGAAUGCGCUCUCGCUAUCAAGGAACUUGAGAAGGCUUUGGAUCUUUUGAAGUCUUCAAACUCAAGGGACAAAAUGGCGGAGGACAUUUGGGAGGUUCUCGCCAAGGCGAAAUACUUGGACUGGGAAAAGCACUCCACUCAGCGAGUUUGGAAGAUACAAAAUUUAAAGGAAGCUUGUGAAAAUGCUCUGCAGGAGCAUCACUUUCUCAGCGGCACACUUACGGAAGACUCUGUCGGGCCAACCAAUGAGUAUUCAGAACAACGCAAAUUGUUGUCAGAAGUCUUCACUAAUGCUAUACUUGCUGAUACACCAGGAGAUGUGCCCGACUACCUUUGCUGUCAAAUAACUUUUGAAAUAUUUAGAGAUCCAGUGAUUACACCCAGUGGUGUAACGUAUGAGAGGGCCAUACUACUUGAGCAUCUUCGCAAGGUGGGCAAUUUCGAUCCGGUGACGCGAGAGCCUCUUAAGGAGCACCAGCUGGUUCCAAACCUGGCCAUCAAGGAAGCAGUCCAGGCCUACCUCAAGGAGCACAGCUGGGCCUACAGAUCGAACUGAUGCUGGUCUUGCUCUUUGCCAAGUGCUAACAACUGGCCAUGAUAUGAUUGUCAAGAGUGGCAAAGUGGACUCUUGUGAUGGGUGAUUGAUGAUUCUUAUGGAUAACUUCUGAGAAUGACAAAACACUUUGGUAAUUGUACAUAAACAAACCAUACCUGAGGCUCUUGUGUAGCAGCAGUCUGUCUAGAGAGGCCAUUUUCGGUUUAGAACUGUGUUAGAUGAGGAGAAUUUAGUUCUAUGCUGAUGAUUCCUGUGAUCGAUGAAAUUGAUCGUCCGUUCACUAGUCUACUAAUAGCAUGGCUUUUACGCCCUUUUCCAUGUAGUUAUUCCGCACAGAUUUGAAAGUUCUUGGCACGCUUGUAAGAAACGAAUUUCAUCGUAAAAAUUCUCGUGUUUGAAAAUGAGA